CCUGCUCUACUCGCCUUGCUUGCUUGCUCGGCCUCCUCCUCUCGCAGCUAGCAGCCUCUCAGCUUCUUUCGCUGUAUCAAUCGACAGAGGCAAACUGCCGAGGAGAGCCAAGAAGCAGACAUGUCUGCGAACGAGGGCGACAUGAAGCUGAGGGUGGUGGUCAUGGACGGCGAGGCUUCGGCAGCAGCGGAGCGGAACGCCGCAAAGGAGAAGCUGAUCGAGUACACCCUGGACGGCUCCGUGGACAUCAAGGGGCAGCCGGCGGUGAAGGGCAAGUCCGGAGGGUGGCUCGCCGGAGGCCUGAUUCUCGUGAACCAGGGGCUUGCGACGAUGGCCUUCUUUGGCGUGAACGUGAACCUGGUGCUGUUCCUGACGAGGGUGGUGCAGCAGAGCAACGGCGACGCCGCCAACAACGUCAGCAAGUGGACGGGCACCGUCUACAUGUUCUCCCUCAUCGGCGCCUUCCUCAGCGACUCCUACUGGGGACGCUACAAGACCUGCGCCAUUUUCCAGGCCAUCUUCGUCUGUGGUCUCGCGCUGCUGUCGCUCUCGACGCGCCUCUACCUGCUCCUGCCGGUGGGGUGCGGCACGGAGCGCACGCCCUGCGCGCCGCACUCCGGCACGGAGAUGGGCAUCUUCUACAUCGCGCUCUACAUGAUCGCCUUCGGCAACGGCGGCUACCAGCCCAACAUCGCCACCUUCGGCGCCGACCAGUUCGACGAGGAGGACCCCGCCGAAGCGCACUCCAAGGUCUCCUUCUUCAGCUACUUCUACCUGGCCCUCAACCUGGGCUCCCUCUUCUCCAACACCUUCCUCAGCUACAUCCAGGACAGAGGCAGCUGGGUACUCGGCUUCUGGCUCUCCACCGCCGCCGCGGCCUUAGCCCUGCUGCUCUUCCUCGCCGGGACGCCACGCUACCGCCACUCCCAGCCCUGCAGCAACCCCAUCGGAAGCAUCUGCCAGGUCGCCUCUGCCGCCUGCAGGAACUGGAAGUCCGGCGUGUCGCCGGAAGCGGAGAUGAUCCUCUACGAGGGCGACGAGAAGGCCGAUUCCUCCGGCGGGAAGAAGCUUCUGCACACCAAAGGCUUCAGGUUCUUGGACCGAGCAGCUCUCACAGCCAUGGACACCGACGACUCAGCGUGCACGAAGCCGCGCGACCAGUGGAAGCUGUGCACGGUGACGCAGGUGGAGCAAGUGAAGAGCAUCCUGCGGAUCCUCCCCAUCUGGCUCUGCACCAUCCUCUACUCCGUCGUCUUCACGCAGAUGGCGUCGCUCUUCGUCGUGCAGGGCGCCGCCAUGCGCAGGACCACCAUGCUCGCCGGCUUCUCCGUCCCGGCCUCCAGCAUGUCCAUGUUCGACAUCCUCACCGUCGCCACCACCAUCUUCCUCUACCGCCGGGCCAUCUGCCCGUUCCUGGCUCGCCUCACGGGCCGCCCGACCGGGCCCACGGAGCUACAGCGGAUGGGCCUCGGCCUGGUCCUGGGUGCCAUGGCCAUGGCCACCGCCGGAACCGUCGAGCACUUCAGGAAGGCCGCCGCCACCACCGCCAACGGCAGCGACCUGCACAUCAUCUGGCAGGUGCCGCAGUACGCGCUCAUCGGCGUGUCGGAGGUGAUGAUGUACGUGGGGCAGCUCGAGUUCUUCAACGGGGAGAUGCCCGACGGCUUCAAGAGCUUCGGGAGCGCGCUCUGCAUGAUGUCCAUGUCCCUCGGCAACUACUUCAGCGACGUCAUCGUCACCGCCGUCACCAAGGCCACCGCCGUGCAGGGGCGGCCGGGAUGGAUCCCCGCCGACCUCAACGAGGGCCACCUCAACAAGUUCUACUUCCUGCUCGCCAUACUAUCCGUUGCCGACUUCGCGGUGUACCUCGUCUUCGCCAGCCGCUACAGGAAGAUCGGCAAGGUGGACGGAAGGAGCGAUGACGAGGAGAGCUACGACGAAGAGCAGGUGGCGCCGACGACAUGCCACGCAUGAGCGACUAGCUCGGCCUGUCCCGUUGGCCUGGCCAUGGUGCGGUGGUUCUUGAGAUGGAGACUAAUUCACGAUCGAGCUAGCAUUGGUUCAGCGCGCGCGACGAGUCUCUAGUUGAUGAUAGGACAAUGCAUGGGAUCGACGGUGGAGUGGCAUCUACCACUUAAUUAAGAAUAAGCGUGCUAAUUAAAGAUCGAUGCGCACAACUAUGAUGUGAUGUAUGCAUAUGUGUAUAUGUUGGUGCUCACAUUUUUGGCCAAUGUAACGCGAGAUAGCUGUUACUGACCACCCAUGUUCAGUGUAUUCCUGACUAGCCUGCUACCACUUCACUUGUAAGCACUGAUCGAUCCACUUCAUUCGUACGCAUAUUUCACUUCAUUUGUAUGCAUAACUUUCUUUCACC